AUGCGCGUCCUACCAGCACUGCUAGCAGCGUUCGCCCUUCUGCCACUCCUCACACGCGCCGCAUUUCACUCCAACGAUACUGCCUGCACACGGCACUACACCGUUGAAUCCGGCGACACCUGCGACAAGAUCGGUCAAAAGACCCUCACUUCCACCUACCAGAUCCUCGCGUUCAACCUCCUUUCCGCAGGUGCCGACUGCUACACGCUAGAGAUCGGCACGCGUCUCUGUCUCGGACGCUAUGGAAACGACUGUCAAUUCGUGCAUCAGUGUACCAAUCAGGACACCUGCGAGAGCAUCGCCAGUGCCUACGGCAUCUCGACCGAACUAUUGCAGAACAACAACCCGAGUUUGGAUUGCAAUGUCGUGUACGAUGGCUUGAUGCUGUGCGUUAGUGCCGGAAGUAUCAGGCCGCCGGCCGACGACAGUCUCAAUUCCACUGAUGUUAUGGCUGCCAGGGAGCAGGCGAGGCAGAUGUGGCUCGUGCAACAAAAGGCAGAGUUGCCCCAGCCCGAGUCAGGGUCAGAGCAGAAGAAGAAGGCGACUACCAAGCAUCCGCACACCUCACAUGCAUCGCACAGCAACAAGCAUCACCAGCACAGCGGUGGAUCAUCCUACAAGCCAGCGUCCCAGCCAGAACCAGCCGCGGACAAGACAGCAUCACCAAAGCAGCAACGCGCAGCAUCAGAUGACGAAGCUUCGCAGGAGAAGCAAAACACAUCGUCACAAGAGAAUCUCGAAGGGCAGUUUGUGGAUGAUCUCUUGACCUCGACGCCACCAGGCUCAAAUCACACUCCAAAUCUGCAACAACAAGAAACGCCACUGGUUGGCACUGAUUCUGCUACUGCACAGCACAAACGUCAUCGUUCCCUCUCGUCUCGUUCGCAUCAUCAGAGAUCACAUACCCGUUGA